AUGUCUUUAGCAAAUUUGGAACUUGUAGACUCCAUAGGUAAAGUAUUGCGAUACCGAGGGCGAAAUAAACGUCCAACUUGUGUGCUGUGGCUUCCUAGUGGCCAUGAGGCUUUACAAGAGUGUAAACAAGACAUACUUGUGCUGUUGGAACAACUUGUUACUGGUUUUCAUGAAAUAAAUGACAUUUCUCUCGGCACAAGACGAAAUAUACCGAACCACUCACCUUCAAAAGUUCUUUCGAGAUGUGAGGACGCCCCGCCGCAGCGUCGAGCCUCUGAUACGUAUCAGUACAAAAAGAAGGGCAAAACACAACCUCGAUUCGAAGAUGCAUUCUUUGAUCGUGUUUUAACAACAGUCAAGGAUGCUGUGCCAAUAUGUGAAAGCGUCAGCAAUAAAGUACAGCCUGACGUCGAAGAAACACUGGACGGCACAAAGUGGCGGCAUCACCAGCAACAACUUGUUUUAGCGUCUCCCGAAAGCGAUAGAAAAUAUCAAACUCGAGUUCACGGGCACUUGUUAUCUAACAAGUGUAAGCCCUCGAAAUUGACCUCCCUUAUGAACUGGGAUCCCCUUGUUCCAGCCUUUGAGCGUACAAGCACCAACGUGAUUUAUCAACCAGGAGGAGGCAGCAAAAUUUACUCACUAUCGCCAGACGUGAAAGAAUACAUGGGUUGGCGUGUACGUCGUAAUCAAAAGCGAUUACAACGCAUGGCUUCAAUGGCUCGAGUCAUUCAGCGUGCCUUCCGAGCUUUUAGCGCUCGCACUUUGAUCUGGCGGCUCCACCGUGAAAAGUGCGCUAUAAACCUUCAGCGUCUAUGUCGAGCGCAAAUUGCACGCAAGCACUUCAAAGUUCUCAAAUGCGAAAACCAGGCCGUUCGGUUGCUACAGCGCCAUUGGCGGGGGAAAAUCGGGCGAUCAUUAUACAAGCAACGCAUGCUUAAGUUCUUAGCAAGCUUACACCUCCAGCGAAUCGCACGUGGCUGGCGUGCACGCCGCAGUGUGCAGCGCCACCGGCAGCUGAUGCAUCGCGCUAGUCUCGGUGUUCAACAACUAAUAAUACGAUACCAAGCACGGAAAAGACUGUUGAAGCAGCGUAAUGAACGCAACGCUGCUACGAAUAUUCAGCGGGUAUUUCGAGGCCUGCUUGGACGCCGACGCUUUAGUCGUGAGCGUGAUAAGUUUCUAUUUUCCAACGCUCAGAUUCAUGGCCUUACAUUUGGCAAGCAACUCCUUCUUGAGUACAAACUCCAAAGCACGAAGCUGCAGAGUGACGUUGCGUUGCUUGCUCGUGAGAAGAGCGACGUUGAAAACCAAGUUGAAAAGCUAAUCCAGGAGAUUUGUGAGUUUGAUGAAAGCGUCCGACGGUUGGAAACGGAAUUGCUUGCAUUGGGAAAAACUGAGACGGACGACAGUGCCCCUGGUGGUGUGAUCCGUGUACUAGAUGAGACAGCAAAGUGGGCACUACGUGAGCAAAAGAUACGCCUCGAUCGAGAUUUUUCGCAAAUGCUCGCUCAAAUUGAGCAACGUCGCGGGUUGCUUGGGACUUUGGAAAAAACGCUUUCUAGGAUAGAUAGAGAGAGGCUUUGGAAAGAAGAAGAACUGAAGGCUUUGGAAAGGAAACUGGUCAUGUUGUUGGACGAGCAACAGAAGGAAUUGACGCGUAUUCGUAGCAAACAGGAUUCACGCUCUCAGAUUGCGCUUGACUUGCUUGCGUCCAAGUCAGAUACAACAUCACCAGACUAUGGCAGUACUUUAGCAAAUGGAAUGUCAACAUUGAGUUCCACCUCAACCGUUUUAAGCGAGAAACCUUCGCCUGCGCCAAGCGUUACACCACAACAACGACAAGAAGCAGCUGCUCUUAUGGAAUCGACCGAGACGAUGAUGAAGUUUGGCUUCAUGUCCAUGUCCAUGACGUACUUUAGCAGUAUGAACAUGGUGCGUGCCAUGCGAAAAAUUGGGGCGCACCACUUGGCGCUCGAUAGCGUUGCGGCUAUUUCGCAGCAGCAAUGGCCAGAGAACCCAGCGGCCGAUUUACAAUCGAAUGCCCCAGCUUCUGUUGGUGCCGCUCUUAAGCCCAGCAUUCCUCUUGGAGCGAGUCCUGGUCAGCCACCAUUGCAAGUGGCGGCCUGGAGUGUAAACGACGUUGGUCGAUGGCUUGAAACACUGGUUUUGGCACAAUACAAACGCGCCUUUGCAGAUGCCUCGGUUGAUGGAGCUUUACUACUUCAUCUAACUGAUGACGACCUCCGCAAUACCUUAGGCAUGGAGCAUCGUCUACAUCGCAAGAAAGUGCUCACGAUGGUAGAAGAGAUCCGUGUGCGUGAACGGAAAAAGAUGCAGCAGAUCGCCGUGGACAGCCCCGUUGCAACCUUAAAAAGUGACGAGCCUUUCAGCAAGAUCCCUAUUCAAGCGCCAGCAAUGACCAACGCCAUUCCUUCCUUGCCUCUUCCUUCUGUCUCAUCAAUCGAUCCACUCCAAGAAUCAGCGGGUGCUUCUGUCGCAGGAGGUCGGGUUGCUGUGUCUUUUAACGACUUUUGCAGCCUCGUUCGACAUGGUAAAUCUCGAGAAAUUCGAGAAGCUCUACAGGAAUUUGUUGAGCAAAAAUUUGAUCCUUUGACAGUCAAGACGCCGUUCGUACCAGGCUCUGGCACUAUCUACAUCGACCAACUAGAGAAAAGCGAGUUUCAUAUGAACAAAAGCGAUACUAACGGCAACUCACUUCUGCUGUUAGCCACGCAAAACAACCACUUGAAGGUAGUACAGCUAUUGCUAUCGAAAGGUGCUAACCCGGAUCAUCAAAAUAAUCACGGUCACACUGCAGGUCACUACGCUAUGGCUUACAGCUUUUUUGAUGUCGGGGCGUGGCUAUUGGAUCCCGACAAAGGCGAGACAAUGACAACGUGGAAAUGGCUCAUGACAAAGAGAAAUAAUGGCAUCUUGGCAGCGCUCGAGUCGCCAAACGCGGUUCCUGCGUCGGCAAAUAUGCCUGUCGCCAUCUGUCGUGUCGUGUUUGUCAUGGAGUUGGUACUGGUCAGUAGCGCUGCCUUCCUACUAGUAGUAAGCAGCUCCAUCUUUGGGUCAAUUGUUCGCAACUUGUUGGGUGAAAUUGUCAUUUUUCACAUCUGCGAGACUGCGGCAUUAGGAUGGGGUCUUGUGAUUCUCAUAGCCAAGUUCCUGCAGCUGCCGAGAAUGAACAUUGUGCGACACUUCACGCGAUUUAGAUGGAGCAGCCUCAGAACUUGUUUCGCAUCAUUGCAACUUCAUUUUCUGGCCCUAGUUGCUAUAAACUUGUGGGGUCAAGACCAAGGGCUGUUGUACUGGAGAAAUGUUAAUGCGGCGGUGCAUCAAGCUGAUGGCUCCAUCGCUAUAGACGAGAUCGUACAAAUACUGAUUCUUGCACCAAUAAAGGAAGAGCUAUUGUUUCGAGGAAUGAUUAUGCUUGUGGCUAUCAAUCGGCUACAAAAUCUCAAGUCAAGUGCGCUACUUUCUAGUUUCUUGUUUGCAACUGUUCAUCUUAUAAAUGCGAGACAUAUUGGAUCGCAAUACUCAGCGAGCUACGUGGCGUUUCAGAUUUUCUGGGCCUGGCUAGUUGGCCUCUUCUUGGCACUGAACCUUGCAAUAACUGGGUCACUCAUGGAGUGUAUAAUCCUACAUAUCAUAAACAACAUCUUUGCACUUGGAGUCUCCAAGAUCAGCGCGAUAGACAUCACCCAGCCAUCACUUUGCUGUCUAGUUCUCGCAGCGCUAAUAGUUUACUCAGUCGCCAUUGCAAGGCAGCUUCAUCUACUAAAUGAUGUUAAACUCGCAACAAAGUAG